AUGGAAAGAAUACGCCGACUGGUCAGUCACGCAUUUUCAGAGCAAGCUUUGCGAGAGCAGGAACCCUUGAUAACGUACUACUUCGACCUACUCAUCUCGAGACUACAUCAAGAAGUCUCUGGCGCCCAGCAAGGCAAAGUAAAUCUGGUUCAAUGGCUGAACUUCACAACCUUCGACAUUCUUGGUGAUCUCUGCUUCGACGAGUCAUUCGGUGCGCUCGAAAGUGGCAGAUAUCACAUAUGGGUCACGAGCAUCUUCCAGGGUCUAAAAGCAGCGCGAAUGUUUAGGAUUUUCCGAGCCUACCCAAUCUCGCGACAAUUGUUCUCCGUUGUGCGGAUGAUCGUACCCUAUGCCAGCAGAACUCGCCAACGUCACUUUAAAUUCACUGAUGAGAAGACCGAGGAAAGGAUGCAUCGGCGGACAGAUCGAAAAGACAUCAUGAGGUGA